AUGUUUGGUUUCAUGAUUUCAAUUUGGACGUUACUUGCCCUAGCAGUUAUUGGCUCUGAUGCCGCAGGGGAGUUCAAAAUUCUUCAUAGUCCACCAUCCCUCAAAUUUUUGGAAGCAGACCAAACAUAUGAGAGCCUUUUAAAAGAAAUAUUUUCUGCCAGUCUUGGACUCUCCAUUGAAGAGGAAUCAGAAUGGAAAGGCUUACACGUCAUCGACCCCUUUAACACUCCAGAAGCGGUGGUGGAGGUAUAUAUUGAUGGCAUCGCAAGUCUUGGUAUUCAUGCUGGAACAGACAUGAAAACCUACCCACUGAUUGUAGAUGAAUAUGAACCGGAUACCUUCAGAGGUGUUAAGCACAGAAUAAAUACACGUUUUAGUAAUGGUGGCAACAAAAUUGUUCACAUCAAACUGUCAGAUGAUAAUGCGCUAAAUGUGUUUAAAGGUGUUUUCGAUGGUGUCCCAUCUCCAGCGUAUCCUGAACAAAGCCUUGUUUUCUUGAAGAAUUCAGUUGAAGAAGAUCGCCACUUUUUGAAUGAGCUCGGAACUCUGAAAACUUUUAUUGGAAAGGUACAGAGUGGAGCUAUUAUUCCUGAUAAUAUAAUUGAUUUCUACACUUUCCGUUUCCGCAAUCUUCAUGCGUUAUCUGAUUUAUACGGUCCUAUUUCCCUUCAAACUAAAGAGGCUAAAAAGCUGUUAGGUGAUGCUCUGCGAGACCUUUGCAAAGCAUUUGUCAAGGCCUAUGACCGCUCCGUAUUAUUGACCGCUGUAACAACCGACGUCGCUCAUACACGGCGUGCUGCCCGCUCGCUAGGCUUGAAAGGCCCAGAUGACCCUACACCACCGUCAGGAACGUCUAAACCCGUUUGGCCUUUUCCAUGGAUACAGGCGCCCCUCGGCUGGGAGAAACAUCCUUAUUUAUACAGUAAGGCAGAUGGGUCACCCGAUUAUGACUGGAUCCAGAAAAACGAAGGGGGAGAACUACGAUCAGGAAAAGGCGAAUUUAGUAACGAUUUCACUGCUAUCUUCAACAUUUUUCUUUGGAUGAGUAUAUUGUUGACCUUCAGUCUUUUGGCAGUUUUGUAUGCAUGCAUGGAUAUGGAUCCGGGUAGAGACUCUAUCAUAUACAGAAUGACCAGCCAUCGUGGAAUGAAAAAAGACAAUUAAGUAAUAUUUAACAGAUGUACCUAACUUUAGCACUAAAAUCUCACUGACAUGAAAGAAGGUAUCGUUUAGAUAUUAGCGAGUUGAGACAAAGAUAUUUCAACGCUCAUUUGAAUGGGCUACAAGUUAUGUAUUUCUAAAUUAGUAGGAUAGUUCCACGGUCUAGUAAAAAU